AUGAAUCCGUGGCUUAUCUUAAGAUCGUUUGUCUCCAGUUUUUAUAGCAAUCACAACAUGAAUAAUGAAGACUCGAUUGAAUCGCCAGAUGUGACCGAUUGUGGCGUCCAAUUAGACGAAGAUAUCAGUCAUUUGAAUGGCAAUGGUUUCAAUCAUUUGAUCCACGAAUUCUCAGACAUUUCGAUCGGUGACCUCAGUCUCAAUGGUCUCAAUGGCAACGGAUAUGAAACAAACGGCGAUAAACGGGAGACAUCUUUGGCCGCAAUACACGGGGCGAGUGAUGCACCACUUUGUACCACAUGUCAAGAACUUGAGUCCCCUUUCUUUAACACCCAUUGCAUCGGUUGUCGCGAAUUGGUCUCCAAUUUGGACACAACUGUCGGCCAGUUAUUCGCAAUCAUUCGUCAAUGGGUUCCGCAAACGCAACAAUCAAUUGAUUUAUUGGUUCGGGAAGUGCUUAGAAGAGGAGCCCAUGUGGACGAUAGGGACGAGUUGACUGAUAUGACUCUUUUGCAUUAUGUCUGCAAAUCGGGCGCUAAAGGUGUCGGUGAUGUGGAUAUAGCUCUGAAGACUGUCCAAUAUUUGGUGGAUUCAUACAACGCGGACAUAUCGUUGAGAUGCCGGUGGACUGAUAUGUCUGCCAUUCAUUACUCGGUUUACUUCGAUGUGUCGCCGGUAUUGCAGUACUUAUUGGACAAAACGAAUAACGCGUUGAUUGACGAUCAGUGCCGUGACUUUGAUGGCGGAACACCUCUACAUAUCGCCGCCUCCAACAUGUGUUUUGAUUCGGCAAAAGUACUGCUCAAUAAUGGCGCCAAUAUUUUGCUUAAAGAUGACUUGAAUCGGACGCCACUGUUCUGUGUGCCCGAGCCUACCAUUCCCUCGGAUCUGAUGCCAACGGAAACUACAUUUGAAAUCUGUUCCCAACUCAAGAAGCUGUUAGAAGAGGCAACUCUGGCCUGCAUUCCGGGCGAAGGCGUUGAGAAUAGCGAUACUAUAGGGCGAACGGGACGAGUGAUUCUGUUGGCUUUGGGACUCAGUUUAGGCGAUAGAGUUAUUAUAAGCAAUCAAAAAGUGGGAACAUUGAAGUAUUGCGGCGCCGCUCAGUUUGCUUCUGGCAUUUGGGCGGGCGUUGAGCUCCUGGAGCCCGAAGGCAAGAAUGACGGAACUGUUGGUGGAGUCACUUAUUUCCGAUGUUUUCCAAAACACGGAAUAUUCGCUCCGAUUAACAAAAUUACUAAAUUCGAUGAAAAUUGUAUGAAGUAUUACAAAGGCAUCAAUUCUAUGAUAUUCCGGAACGUAAACCACCCGCGGGUUGACGUCUCCCGCGUCACACCUAAAGUGGAGACCGGAUUAAAACAAACGGACGAUUCGGACGACAAUUCUUCCGAAAUAAGUCUAACCAUAAGUCAGGGUUCUGUGGAUAACGAUGUGUUCAAAAGUCCGAGUAAUGGCCGCAAAACGCGUACAAAAACAGUAGCAAUAAAACAAAACCAGAGUUCAAAUCAAAACAACUCCACUCAACAGACGAAUACCAAUACCUGGCUUACGGUUGGCGUCAAUGUCUUCAUUAACAAUAGCAUUGGUGUCGUCCGAUAUAUAGGACCCGUCGAGUUCGCCGGACCCGGAGUUUGGUUGGGCGUCGAGUUAAGGACAGCCACCGGCAAGAAUGACGGCUCCAUUAACGGCGUUCGCUAUUUUCAGUGCAAACCAAAUCACGGACUGUUGGUUCGGCCCAAGAAGGUGUCGGUUCGAGGCAUUAACGGCGCGAAAUUGCUUCCACAAUAAUAUUACUAAAACUAAUGGUUAUGUUUAUUAGUUAUGAACUGAACGGAGCUUUUGCUUAACGUGUCUGUGAUAGAGAUUUCCUUCUUUUUAAGCGACA